UCGCAAAAUAUGUAGAUAUAUCUAGAACGUUCCAGAAGUCAUUCCUUCUGUAUAAAUACCCUACGGCUCGACUGCGCUGUCAGUAGUCAAUUGACAAGUGACAAGUGAGCAAAAGCGAAAAAAAAAUUGUUGAAAGUGCUAAAGUGUAUUGUGUCUAGAGAAGCAAACAAGUGAAGAUGUCCAUUUUAUUGUGGGAUCCGCUACGACCAUCGCGCAUCGUCGACCAACAGUUCGGCCUAGGGCUUGAUCCCGAAGAUCUGUUGUCUCCUCUGACGCUACCGUGGGAAUCGCAUGUUGCCCGAUGGCCCAUAGAGAACUACUUCAGGCCAUGGAGGUCUCAAGCUGCCGUCCGAGACACUGGCUCUACCAUCACGGCCGAUAAGGACAAGUUCCAGGUCAGUCUUGAUGUGCAACAUUUCAAACCGGAUGAAAUAAAGGUGACCGCCAGUGGAAACACUUUAACCGUGGAGGGAAAACAUGAGGAGAAACAGGACGAGCAUGGGUACAUCUCGAGACAUUUCGUAAGGAAAUACGUGCUACCUGAGGGUCACGACGUUAAUCAAGUGCAAUCCAGACUGUCUUCUGACGGAGUUUUGACCCUGACGGCCCCGAAAAAGGCAAUCGGCGGACCCGACCAGAAAACCAUCCCCAUACAGCAGACUGGUCAGCCCAGCAGGCCAAUUGAAAAUAAGAAGGAAGAAAAGAAAUGAGCUAAUAAGUAAUCUAUUUGCGCUUGUGUUAUUUCAUGAUUUAUCCCUUAAAAGUAUUGUAAUAAUUUCGUAAUGUGUUGUUAGAACGUAAAUAAAGUAACAUUUUUGAUA